ACAACAACAACAACGCUACCAUCAACAUUAUCAUCAUUAUUAAUACGUGAAAAUAAAUUCACAACAAUGUCAUUACAACGAGUAGAAAUGGAUGACGUACUUCAUCAAAUGAACAAUAAUAUUGAUAGUGAACAAUAA